AUGUCAGUUGCAGAGUAUGAGGAUAAAUUUCAUGCCUUGGCUAGACAUGCUUUGAUGAUACUUCCUACAGAGGCUGAGAGAGUGAGGAGGUUUGUUAAGGGGCUGAUUAUCCCGAUUCGUCUAGGAGUUUCUCAGGUUGCUGCUUCUGGUGUUCCAUUCCAGAAAGUGGUGGAUGCUGCUAAGGAGUUGGAGAUGAUUCGGCGUGAGGGAUUUGAGCAGCGUGAGGGCAAGAGGACCCGUUAUUCAGGUGAUUUUGGUGGUGCUCCGCCUAGGAGUCGAGGUUAUGUAGGGAGAGGUUAUCACUCUCAGUCCAGCAAACCCAUUCAUGCUGCUAUACCUGCGUCUGAGGCUGGUUACACUAGGCAUAGUUCUUCGAGCUCAGUGCAUACUUCACAGGGUUCAUCUUCUAGGCCUAUAGUUCGUGGAGGGCAUUCUGGUCAGUCAGGGUCCCCUCAUCAGCCUGCGUCUCGUAGGGGCUGUUUUGAGUGUGGUGAUAUGGGAUACUUUGUGAGAGACUGCCCUAGGACCAGACGUGGUGGCUUACAUCAGGGUUCUCAGGCUUCGACUUCCAGGGCUGCACAACCUCCAGCUAGGGGUGGUGCACAGAAUGGUAGGGGUGGUUCUCAUUCAGGUAGAGGUGGUUCUCCUUCUGGUCGAGGUGGUGGUCGUGGAGGUUCACAAUCUGAUGGAGGUCGUUCUCACUGUUAUGCUUUUCCAGGUAGGCCAGAGGCUGAGGCUUCAGAUGCUGUUAUCACAGGUAUUAUUCCGGUUUGUCAUCGACCAGCUACUGUAUUAUUUGAUCCAGGCUCUACUUAUUCUUAUGUGUCCACAUAUUUUGCUCCUAGUCUGGAUAUAUUGUGUGAGUCUCUUGAUUUGCCGAUACGUGUUUCUACUCCUGUUGGGGAUUCUGUAGUUGUAGAUCGGGUGUAUCGACUAUGUACUGUUACUUUGAUAGAGUAUGACACUCAUGCAGAUUUAAAGGUCUUAGAUAUGAUAGAUUUUAAUGUGAUUCUUGGUAUGGAUUGGUUAUCUUCUUACCACGCAAUUUUAAAUUGCCAUGCCAAGACAAUUACUUUAGCUAUGCCUGGAAUUCCUAUAGUAGAAUGGAGAGGUUCUCUUAGUCACCCUUCUAAGGGUGUGAUAUCAUUCCUUAAGGCUCAAGUAUUUCCGACCGAUUUGCCAGGUCUUCCACCAGAUCGUGAUAUUGAUUUUUGUAUUGAUGUGGAGCCAGAGUUGAAGGAGAAGUUACAGGAUUUGUUGAGCAAAGGUUUUAUUAGGCCGAGUGUAUCUCCUUGGGGUGCACCAGUGUUAUUUGUGAAGAAGAAAGAUGGCUCUAUGCGUAUGUGUAUUGACUAUCGACAGUUGAACAAGGUAACCAUCAAAAAUAAGUACCCAAUACCUCGUAUUGAUGACUUAUUUGAUCAGUUGCAGGGUGCUUCAGUUUUUUCCAAGAUUGAUUUGAGGUCUGGCUAUCAUCAGCUGAAGGUUAGGGCGGAGGAUAUCCCUAAGACAGCUCGAACACGUUAUGGCCAUUACGAGUUUUUGAUGAUGUCUUUUGGAUUGACUAAUGCCCCUACAGCUUUUAUGGACUUGAUGAAUGGAGUUUUCAGACCGGAUGAACAUGGAACGAUUGCAAUGCUAAUUGAGCUUUUAAAUCACUCACAAAAAUUUUAA